ACCACUUUCACUUUCGGCGGCACCACGGUGUGGCACCAGCAUUCCCAUUUUCGCAUUUCAGCGAUUUCUCUGGCGGUGUGGUGUUUGAUUUGCAUUGAAAUGAUGAAAAGACUUGUUUUAGGGCUGGCAUAACAACUCAGCGUAAUAGCCCGUUCUUUUUUUUUUUUUUUUUCAUCGUAAAACUAGUUUGAAAUGAUUUCUAGGCGAAACGCCAUCAGAAUAUUGGAGUUGGAUGGAACAAAUCCAUCACUGGAUGACAUCAAAUUGAACUACCAAGAGUUGGCCUUGCAGUGGCACCCAUCCAAGCAUCGUGCUAACAAACCAACUAUACAGAAGUUCGAGGAGCUCUCGCGGUCAUACCUAGUACUCACAGAAGGACGAGAAUCUAUGGACACGAUACUGAGUCCAGCCAAGAUGUGCGAGGUCUUCAUCAAAGCUUUUGACCUGGAAGACUGGUACAAUGCAAACCCGUUAGAAUGCUCAUGCUCCAACACCUGCAACGACAAUGUUGGCCAGGGGCGGGACACGGGGUGCCAAACCUCCAACUCAGCUGUAGCAGCCAGCCAGACCUCUCCUGUUAGAAACAACAAGGGCAAGAGCACGGCGGCCGUCCAGACCCUCCCUGUGGAAAACAGUAAUGUGUGCAAGACCACGAAUCACAACGAGGGUGCCACUGCUCCCGGCAGCCACACGGGAGCACUUCCCAAGAAGCCGCAAACCCCAAAGAAGCUCUCCAAGAAGGCUGCUAAGAAGCAACGCCGCAAACAGAGACAAAAGCAGCAGAAUGCUGGGCAUGAAGACAAAGACGACGACAAGAAGGGGUCGGGAAGCUCUAGUGACCUGGAAGAUGAAAAGACAGAAGUGGAAGAAGAGGACUUGGAUCUCAACAGUGCCUUUGUGGUGAUGUCCCUUGCCCGGAAGGCUGCAAAGGCUAGUGGAGCAGUUCCCAAGAAAUCUGUGAAAGUGCGAGAGGAUGCUGUAGCGCAGAGCAGGAAACUGGCCGAGGAGGGAUUUGAGCUGUGUCACCUCUCCCGCUACAAGGAUGCCAUUAGCAUGUUUAGCCAGGCCAUCAAACUGUGUCCAGACGAUCACACUUCCUAUGGCAAUCGGUCUUUCUGCUACUGCAUCUUGGAGAGAUAUGACAAGGCCCUGUACGAUGCCGAGAAGGCUGUGAGCCUGCAGCCCACCCUGGCCAAGGGGUACUUUCGCCGGGGCAAGGCCCAGCUGGGACUCCAGAAGUACCGCGAGGCCGCUGAGUCGUUCAAGACCGUGCUCAGCAUCGACCCAGAGUGCCACGAGGCUUUCACCGAGCUACAUAACGUGCACAUCUAUGAACUGAUGGGCAUGGGCUUCACCCAGGAACAAGCAGACUGGGCCCUCACGAUGGGCGGCGAGGACAUCCAGAGUGCUGUGGAUGCCCUGUGUGGUAAUGGGAAUUACAAGGCGGACACCAAGAUGAACCCGGGCAACCUGGACGGCCUUUGCUCGAUCUGGGUGGGCAACGUCAGGCCAGAGGUCACGGAAAAAAUGCUACGCAACCUUUUCCACAAGUAUGGGGACAUUCAGAGCAUGCGGCUGCUGCGUGACAAGUUCUGUGCCUUCAUCAACUAUGGCAACAAGCUGUCGCCGAGCAAAGCCAUGGAGGCUCUGCAGGGCUACGAGCUGUGCGGUUCCAACCUGCUCAUCCGGUUUCCGGACAACCCCGUCACGGACAAGAACGGCCAGUUCACUGUGCUCAAAAAGUCCAGCUUCCGAGUCGGCGAGCAAAAUCAGUUACCGCAGCCCAAGAUCAAAAUGACAGGCCCUGUGAACGGGAAGGAGUGCUAUUUCUGGAGGACCUUUGGGUGUGUGUACGGCAGCCGCUGCUUCUACGAGCAUAUUCCCGAGCACGAAGGCAUUGACAAAAACUUUGGUGGCAAGCCCAAGUGAGCUGGGGUGGCCUCUACUCAUUCCUACCAGCACUUCAGCACUGUCUUUCAUGUGGAGCAGACUGCCUUCUCUUGGGACCAAGGGUGUGAACGGGACCAGUCUUCUCCUCGACUUUUGCCUGUUUGUUUCGUCGGUGCCUUAACAGUUGUUUACCGGCCAUGCCAACUUGCCAUUUUUUUUUAACCCAGAGCUUGUGGUUGACAAGGUUGGGCGUCUCUCAAGUGCUCUGGCAGUGAUAGGCAUGUCUGGCAGAAGGGAAAUAGCGACCUACGUUUGCCUUACAUCUUGUGGUUCACAGCACAAGAGUGCAGAAUACUUAACACAUCCUAGUCCAUGCCUGUCGUUUGUUUAAAGUGUUCUGUUUUGUUUUCAAACGCCAGUGCAACGAGGGCACUAGGUUUUUGUAUGGGCGCUAACAGUGGUGGAAGACUUCCACUGCUAUACAAGACAGGGUGCAUUUUCUUUGGUUUCUUUGUAUGCCUUGGAGUGCAUGGUUUGAACUUUAAACACUUACUUUCGGUUUAAUGUCCGAAGACUUGCAGAGCUAGCAACAAAUUAUGAAGCAAAUAAUUAUUGUCUUUUCUCCCUGAGUGAGCAGUCCCUUGAUACUGAGCACUGCAGUUUCAUUUAGUGGUGCCAUUUUGUAGUAAAUGGAAUAUUUUUAAGUGUCAUGAUCAAGGUAUCUUUAAUGAAAAGGUAAAAUAGAAAGAAUUUCUGAUUUCUUUACUGUAAACUUGUUGGAAGUUGUAGGCUUGCUUACUUGCAAAAUCCAGAAAGAGAAUUACAGAGUAAGAGUUUUGGAAAAAGAAACUUGUAUCUAUAAUUACCUAAUGUGCUUUCUUUUGUUGUUGCAUUAAGGUUAAGAAGGACCUUCUCUUUACUGUCCCGCUAGUUGCAUAUGUCCUACUUUUGAUAAGAAAGGUUUUUUUUGUUGUUGUUGUUUUUUUUUUGCAAUUUACAUGAUUUAUUUGAAAGACAAGGGGUCGACAUAAUUACUUGUUGCAUGUUUUAAUUUUAUUCCUGAAGUUUAUAUUUCUAUGUUUUUCAUUGUGCUCACUCUGUCUCCUUGAUUCAUAAAAGGCAAACAUUAAUGUGAUGGCAUGGAUUAACACUUUGCAACGUCACGCCUUAACUUCGUGUGCUAAGCACCAGUGUUUUCAGAUGCAGUGGUGUGAAUCGGAGCAGCUUUGACUCGGAUUUUAACUUUUAGUCAUUCUGGAUGUGCCGUUUUCACUUAUUAUUUCAGUUUAUUUUGUGUGUACAUUGUUUUGGUAAUCGUGCAGAAAGUCAGCCAAGAUGUUUAGUAUUAAUCAUUCAUUCACAAAUUCAUGUGGUUCUUAAGAAAUAAAGAGUUUUGACACAGA